AUGAGCGAGACAUACACCACCGCCGAGGUCCAAAAGCACAAGGACGAGGCCAACGGCUUCUGGCUCAUUGUCGAGAAUGACGUUUACGACGUUACAAAAUUUAUCGAUGAGCACCCCGGCGGCGCCAAGAUCCUCAAGCGUUGGUCUGGAAAGAAUGCCACCAAGGCUUUCUGGAAGUAUCACAACGAGGACGUCCUGAAGAAGUAUGGCAAGGACCUCAAGAUUGGUGCUGUUGGCGAGAGCGCCAAGCUAUAA